AAAUAAUAUAACCUAAAACUGAAAUUUAUAAUUUUUUAUAAAUACAUAUUUUAUAAAUCAAUAAAAAAGAUAAAUAUGGGAUAAAAUCAGUUUUAAAAAAUUAAACAUUAAAUUUGUGUAAUUAUGACUGAUCUGAAAGAAUCAGGAUUUAAAAGUUAUCUUGAUGAAAGUGGCUUAGAGACAAUAAAACUCAACGAUUUACAACAAACCAAACUUCUUGAUGGAGAAACAACCGUUUCUACAGCUAAUAAUGUUAUGUUAUUUAAUACACUCAGUGAUAAGAAAAAGGGGACUUAUGGAAUUUUGACUGUUACUACCUUUAAAUUAUCUUUUGCAUGUGCUUCUGAUAAUGGAUUGGAUAAUUUUCAUCAGCAAAAUCUAUUGCUAGGAAUGAAUGAUAUUUGUUUAUCAUCAAUCGCUACCAUUUAUCAAACUGGUGAACGGACCAAGAAAAAACUGAUUCCAGGACAAAAUAUAUCAGGAAAAAUAAAAGAAUUGUUAAUUAUAUGCAAAAAUAUGAGAAGUUUUGAAUUUAGUUUCAAGGACUCAGAAAAAGACGGUGGAAAAACAACUGCAAAUGCUUUAAUACACCAUGCAUAUCCCAAAAGGCAUUCUCUAUUGUUUGCUUAUGAUUACUUAGAGCCCUAUGUUAAAUCACCACAGCUUGCCAAAGAGGUAACCAUGUUUAGAAAAAAGGAGGAUUGGAGCAGAGAAUUAAGAAGAACAAAGUGUGAAAACUGGAGAAUUUCAGACCUCAACCAAAACUACCAAACAUCACCUUAUCUUACUCAAUCUUUAAUAGUACCUCUUUCAAUUUCUGACUUUAGUUUGAUCAAAUCAGUUGAGCAUUUUAACAAUCGUUUCUGUCCAGUAUGGGUGUGGGGAACCGCAAAAGGUGCCGCUCUUGUACGAAUGGCCGAUCUGUUACCCGCAAUAUCCGACAGCAAGUACGAGAACGAGCUUUUUGAGCACAUUCGCAAAAGCCACCCUGAUCUGAAACAACCCAUUAUCAUCAACUUGAACUGCAUAUCGAGCAAGGACGUGCAAGCCAGCUACCUGAAACUGCGAGAUAUAUGCGUCCCGGACAGCAGCAGAAUGUUCAAAAGGCAAGAUUUUAAGUUGUACGGUCUGCUCGAUAAUUCCAAGUGGCUCGCAUUAGUUUCGACUUGUCUCGGUUUUGCAGUCGAGGCCGCCGAUUGCCUUCAUAAAAAAGUUACCACUGUUGUUUUACAAGAAGGCAACGGCCAAGAUACAAACUGCAUCAUUUCGAGCCUGUGCCAGAUAAUACUUGACCCGUAUUUCCGCACGAAACCGGGUUUCCAGUCGCUGAUCCAGAAGGAGUGGGUCUCGCUGGGCCAUCCGUUCGCCUACCGACUGGGCCAUAUACACGACAAAGAUGUGGAGACGGCUCCGUUUUUUCUGCUCUUCCUCGACUGCGUGUGGCAGCUGCAGCUUCAGCAUCCCGCCGCAUUUCAGUUUAGCGAAACGUACCUAACCACUUUGUGGGACUCGGCGCACAUUACGCUAUUCGACACGUUCAUCUUCAACAACGACCAUCAAAGGAUGAUGGCUGAAAGUGGUACUACCAAUGGCGCUUCCAAACUGGUGUUACGAAGCAUUUGGGACUGGAGGGAGCAGUUUUCUGAAUCAGACCUCAUCUUUUUUGCAAAUCCGCUUUACCAGGACAAUUAUCAACAAAUUUUGGAGGUUAAACACGGUAUUUCCUCAUUAGAAAUAUGGUCGCAGUGCUACUUCCGUUGGCUUCCCGAGUUGGAAAUAAAAAAUGGCGGUCGUCCUGUUUUGGAUCUCUACAACCGCAUAUUGGUAAACGAAAUAUUAAAUUUACGACACGGCCAAGCCGAUGCGAAUGGUCGAUAUUUGAAAAAUAUCGACGAGCAAAUGGAUUUGUUAAAAAAAGUCAACAGCUUUUUUCCCUUUAGCCAUAACCUUUUUGGUCAAACAAGUGCUUCUAGUAAUAUUUUCCUAAGCAGCGACGUUUUAGAUACGCAGUCGGUAUUUAAUCUUACCACUGAAUAACCCAAAAACACCUGUUACAUAUAUAUAAUUUAAUCAUAAUUUUGGGUUUUGCUAAAGGAGGUUGGGUAGUCACUUUUGAGGUACUAAGCUGAUAUAGCAACGCGUAGUUUUAUAUAUUUUUAGAUAUAUUCGUCUUCUAACUGGUAAUUUUUGUUUAAAUAAUAAUAGUAAUAAUUUAAUUAUAUGUUGAGUAUGAACUCACUUUGGGAGCUUUAUGAGGUCAAUAUCAUAACCCAUGGCAACCAUAAAACAAUUAUUAUUUGGGUACAUGUAAGCUUUCAAAAAAUCUUUGAAACAAAUUUUUUUUUUUUGAUAUAUUUUUUUUUUACUUUAUUUAUGAGUAGGUGAAAAAAACUCCAAUUUUGUACAUAAUUUUUAUCAUUUGGAGUUUGAUCUGACUAUCCAACCUCUUUAAAGGGGUUAGGCUAAAAGAAAAGUAAUUUUUGACAAGUUUAAGGAUUUUUUUCGGAUACAA